AUGUCUUUCACGGCGGUUGCUCGGGGCUGCAGGACGGUUGGCCGACCACUCGUUCUUUGGUUUCCGUCUUUUUUCUCGUCGUUUUCUGCUCGUUUGCCUUCAUCCGACUGUCCACAACAAUGCCUGCGUGUAUGUGUGUACAUGUGUGUGUGUGUGCGUGUGUGCGUCAAUUUGCCACUUGCUUGUAGAUACGGCAGUCUGGCUGACAGAGCGGCGCACCGAGAAGUAGCGCUGCGCGAUCGCGCUGAUCGGGAUCGGGCCCAGUUGCUGCUCGACUCGGUGCAUGUCAACCUGGCCGGCCGGGACUACGCAGAGCUGGGCGUCGACUACGAGCUCGGCCUGAGCAAGGUGUUCCUGCGCGCCGAGUUGGCCGGACAACUGGCGCGCAUUCACCGGCGCCGACGUCUGCAGGCGGCUCGGCGAUGCCAUUCACUUCGUCUCUUCUGCCUCACUGCCGUUGAGGCUGGUCUCCUCCAACGCCACUUUUUCCUUUUUCCGCUUUCCGCUUUCCGCUUGACUGAUUCUGUUUGCUUUUCAGCCGCCCGUCGGUCCGUCGACUCCGCCGCCUCGGCGACAGGCAGCCGACAACUCGACUCCGACUUGCUGGCAGAUGCCGGCCGAUCUCGACGAGCUUCUCCGAAGUGA